GCCCCCUGCUCCCGCCUAGCUGCGCGUGCGCGGCGGAGGGAGGAAGGUGCUGCGCGCGCCGUCACGUGACGCGGUGGCGGGCUCCUCCGAACCGGCGAGCGCCGCGCGCGCGUAACGGCCGGGAGCGGCGCCGAGCUGGGCCGGGCCCCGCCGCGGAGAGGACCGUGCUGAAUAUCUGAUACAAUGGCUAUGCAGAUGCAAUACGAAGCAAAUGCAGAUACAUCUGCAGAAGAAGAGAGCUUUGGGCCACAGCUCAUAUCUAGGUUAGAGCAAUGUGGUAUAAAUGCAAAUGAUGUGAAGAAGUUAGAAGAAGCUGGAUUUCACACAGUUGAGGCUGUUGCUUAUGCACCAAAGAAGGAGUUACUAAAUAUUAAAGGUAUCAGUGAAGCCAAAGCUGAAAAAAUCCUGGCCGAAGCAGCUAAACUCGUUCCAAUGGGUUUUACUACAGCAACAGAAUUCCAUCAGCGGAGGUCAGAGAUCAUCCAGAUCACCACGGGGUCCAAAGAACUUGAUAAACUUCUUCAAGGAGGAAUAGAAACAGGGUCCAUAACGGAGUUAUUUGGCGAAUUUCGUACUGGAAAGACGCAGUUGUGUCAUACCCUGGCAGUAACCUGUCAACUUCCCAUUGACCGAGGUGGUGGUGAAGGAAAAGCUAUGUAUAUUGACACAGAAGGCACUUUCCGUCCAGAACGUCUUCUUGCUGUGGCUGAAAGGUAUGGCUUGUCUGGCAGUGACGUCCUUGAUAAUGUGGCAUAUGCUCGAGGUUUUAACACAGAUCAUCAGACCCAGCUCCUGUAUCAAGCAUCUGCAAUGAUGGCUGAAUCACGUUAUGCAUUGCUGAUAGUGGACAGUGCCACAGCCCUUUACCGAACAGAUUACUCUGGAAGAGGUGAGCUGUCAGCUAGACAGAUGCAUCUGGCCAGAUUUCUGCGUAUGCUUCUUCGACUUGCAGAUGAGUUUGGUGUGGCAGUUGUGAUCACUAACCAAGUAGUUGCACAAGUAGAUGGAGCUGCCAUGUUUGCUGCAGAUCCUAAAAAACCUAUUGGAGGAAACAUCAUAGCACAUGCUUCUACCACCAGACUGUAUCUGCGAAAAGGCCGAGGUGAAACCAGAAUAUGUAAGAUUUAUGACUCUCCUUGUCUUCCUGAGGCUGAAGCCAUGUUUGCUAUUAAUGCUGAUGGAGUGGGAGAUGCUAAAGACUGAAGACUGCUUUCCAUUUCUCAUGUAAUCUGACACUGGUGGCUGUAAAAGGCUGCUUUCUUUGUGGCACCUUACAGAUGCUUUCCCACUGCAGCUGCUGUUCAAAUGCUGAUGGAGGAAUCCGUUCAUUUCAACAUUCAGGUGCAUCAGGUGAAUACAUUUUGAGACACAUCUGAAGAUGUAAUUGGAAGAGAUUUUCCCUCUUUGGCUUUAGUCACAUGUUAGAUUAACAUGGUUUCUUGAGAAAAUUUUCAGAGGACCAUAGUAUUUGUAUUUUUCCUCACAGCUGGUGCUACAGUUGGAUUCUACCCAUGGACAUAGUGCAGUAAGAUGAUAAUAUGUGGCAAUAGUUUAUAAUUUGGUGAAUUCAAAGUAAGAUUGAUGGGUUUGUCAAAUAUGGAAAGUGAUGACUUAAAUACUUAAUCGGUUGUUUUAAUGAUUAAUUAGAAAAUAAAGCAGAAUGGUAUUCCGCAGUAAGGAUUUGAGAAUAUUGUGGGGAUUGAUGAUCACAAUCCAUAUUCUUUAUGUUAAUUUUGUUUUGGGUGCUGUAGCAUCAUCUGGUUUUUGAGGGGAACUGUUGAUUUACAUGUGAAUUGCAUCUUUGGUAUCUCGUCAAUUCUCUGGAAAUCUGCCUUUAAUAAAAGGACUAUGAGAAGCACUAAUGACAUUACAGGUUUCUGGGGUUCCACCAGGUGUUAAUUCAGACUAUGGCAUUUCUGAUGUGCAAGUAGGUAGAAGCCCCAUAAAUCUUCAUAGGUGGCCUCUGAAUUUCAAACUGGAAUAUUUGUUUUCUAGGCUAAUCUUCAUAGUCACGCUAACAAAAUGCAUUUCCUCCUCAGUUUAAGAGAGAUAUGUGCAGUACAGCUGUGUUGUAAGUGCCCUGUAAAUGUCUCUUAAGAGUUUUUUGAGAUGAGGUCUUAGCAGUGUAAAAGUUCUUUUAUAUUAUGCAGUAUUUUUAUAUAAGCUGUUCUAUUGUGAACUACUCUAAACUUGAUUAAAGAUGAUAAUAUUAUAGUGAGGGGUUGGCAAUAAAAAAUAUUUUCCUUGCCAGCACUCUUUUUCUUGGACAAAUAGUGAAGAAUAUGACAGUGGGAGUCAACUGUGGCUUACAGGCUAGCAGACAUAAGCUGAAUUUAUUCAGGUAUCUAAACACUUACACCAUACUGACUACUAAAUCUUGUCAAAUGCCAAAUUGUCUACUGACUUAUUCAUAGCUAAAUGCCUUUGUUCUUAAAUUCUGCACAGUCAGUGGAGCAUCUGCUGUUUCUGAUCAGAAGAUACACAAAGGGCCAUGUUGGCCAUUGCUGUCAGCAUUGUCUGCAGCUGAGUUUCAGGAACCAAAACUCAUGCUAAAAUGUUAAGUAGGGGAUUACAUUGGCAUUGAACUCUAUCGUUAAGGAACUGAGAAGUUCGGUGUUUUUAGUGACAGAGGCUCAGCACUUGCUUGCUACUCACAUUUGGCCUGCAUGUAGGUGAAUCUGAUUGUACUGCCUGUGCUUACUGCUGUCUAACAUGGCCAAUUAGAAGAUCCUGUUGUUGCCUGAAGCAUGCUAGAUGUUAAUCAUUCUGGCUGAAACCUGACAUGGCCAGUGUCUGUAAUAGGCCAAUACUUCUUGUGGGGGAAAAAAAUGGCAAAGACUUUCAGCUAUCUUCAGAAGUGAGGCUAGAGGAAAGGGAAAUGUUAUGCCCUCUGCCAAAGAAUGUCCAAGCUGUUUCUUUUUUGAGAAUUUCUAGUCUUUCUGUUUUUUUAAGUCACAAGUUUGGCAGGAGCUGGUCUCUGCCAUCAAUGAAAAGUCUCUUGCUACCCCUGCAGAAAUUUGCUUACAGGUGACCAAGUCAUGGACCUCACAGUCAGUUCUGAUCUGUCCAGAACACUUGUUAGAUGUUUGCAGUUUUCCUUUUUGUGUGUGGGUAUGCCCUGCUCAGGGCCCAGUUUAAGAAUCAGACUAAUGGCAGCUGUCGUUACCGGCGAAAAAGACGGAUUGUGUUGCUGCCAGUAACUGGCUUGAUUCAGAUGUGUAAGGGGAAAAUCACUGGACCUACAGAGAGCAGAGGAAUGUUUCUUCCAGAAUUUUUGUUCCAGAGAAAGCUAGGACUGGCUGGGAAAAUGAGAUGAGGAAUAGGAGUAAGAAAGUGGGGAGAGGAAAAACAAAUGUGAGGACGGAAACAUGGGACUAACUCUACGGGCAGAGGGACUGUAAAAAGGAGCAGGAGAUAAGGUGACACUGAGAUGGGGUAAGGGAACAGAUUGAGAAGUAGUCAGCUCAGAUAUAAAACUAAGAAAAGGCAACUGAGACUACACAGCUUGUAUCCAGUAAGAUCCAAACUCUUAAGUAUGCCCCUUUAUGAUUUUUUUCUUUAAUGUAACUGUGUAAUACAUUUGCAGUUGCUCAUAGUAUAAACUAGAAUGUUUAUCUAGACCUUACCAUAUUUCCAGCUGCAUACAAACACAGGAUUUAAGUCAUCUGAGUAUGAACUUUAAUAUGCUAAAAAUUUCAGGAGGAACCAGUACUGUCUUCUGGUUUAACAGAGUAUUAGGUUAGCACACUGAAUUCUGAACACUGCCAGGCAGUACAGUCAUUCCAAUUUGGAGGACACUAUUACCUAUUGAAAUGCACUUCUGACUGUUCAUUUCUCUUAGGUUUUACAAAUCUGAUCAGCUAUUUAAUAUGAAGGCUUAAAAGUACACAGCUGGCAGCUUUGGUAUGAUUUCCAGCAAUCAACUGCAUUUUCUUAAAAAUCCACUUUGUAAACAAAAUAUCAUUUGGUAUCAUUUAGAGAUAAAUGCCAUUCUUUUGGAAGGGGCUGGGGGUGGGAGACAGCUUGUGCUUUGACUUUCAGUGUAGCAGAAAGUUGUAAUGUCUUACUUGGUUUCUGCGCUGUUGCUUCUCUUCAGUGCAUUUUUGAAGGGGAAGUUUUGACAUGUCUGUAUCAGUCCUCCACUGUUUGUAUCUCUUUGUAUGCUAAUGCUGUAUAUUCAAUCUAAUAGAACAAUGAUUUGCUCAUUUCCGUAGCCCGCCUAGGGCUUUGAACAACUAAAAUUACUUCUGAAGUUC